ACGGAAUAACACUGAAGAAAAUAUUUAAAGUCCAGCCUAGCUAUCUCUUGGUCCCCGGUCAUAAAUGGUGAAUUCAUCCUAAUUGAAAUGUCUCCAAACUAAAUGGAAAUUUUUGAAAUUAUUUUUAAGUUCAACAAACCUAAAAUAUACAAUGUCUCGAACAGUCGUACUAGAAUUGUAUACAAACCAUUUUAUCGUAUUGUUGUGAUGUAUGCAUGCAGCUAAAAAUACUAAAAACAGAGAGUAGGGAUUGAUAAAACAAUAGUGAUAACCUUUACUAACUUUAGUAACGAUAACAUAUUUCAAUAUUAAAUAACACAAGUUAAGCAUAAAUUUAAGCAUAGUGGUCAGUGAAAGUUGUAUGAUGAACGCCGCAUUAGAUUUUUAUCACGUUUUUAUUAUAAUGUCACUUCUAUCUCAUUGAUGACGUGUAUUAUAUCAAUAUUUAUUUCUUGGACAGUUCUUGACUUGUUCACAUCCAUCAAUAAUGUCAUAUGAACAAACACAAAAAAAAAUCUGCCAAAUAGUUCCAGAUGAGACGCAAUCUGGAUUUAUUCCAGUAGAGCAAUACCCGGUAGAGCAGACCAUAUGCGGUACCCUCCAGAGGGAGAACAACUGGAAGUGCUUCAUCCUCACCGCACUCAUCCUGGGCUGCAUCGGGGCCAUCACCUGGUGCAGGCUCAGCCAUGUUACCAAGGUGGUGGUGAACUUCUCCCGGUACCCCAUCAAGUCGAACCGGACGAUGUCCCCUUGCGACGAAGGGUACGUCUACAUCCCGGUGGCCUUCAUGGCGAUGCUUUACCUCAUCUACCUGGUGGAGUGCUGGCACUGCACUGCCCGGAUAGAGCUCGGCUACAGGGUGGGGGUGGACACCGUGCUGCAGAAGGUGGAAGCCAUGAAGGAAGCCCAGCCUAUAAUCUGGUGGAAGGCGGUCUGCUAUCACUACGUUCGACGGAAGAGGCAGGUUACCCGCUACCGGAACGGUGACGCCGUCACGUCAACUCACGUCUACUACGAGCGCGUCAACUCGCACGCCGCAGCAGGCUCCUUCGUCUUCGCCUACUGCGGAGUUCGAGACAUCUCGAGGAAGCUCGUUCUUGGCAGGACCAAGGGAUCCAUCACCAAGAUAAGGUUCAGCAAGGGAUUCGCGUUCGCUAACGUCGAGUCGGCCGCCGAAUUCGAGGAGCAGAGAAGCCGGUUCUUCGCCGAGCAGGAGCGCUACGACGACUACAUGGAGAUGAGGGAGGGUCUGGACCUGACGAACGUGCCUGGGUUCAAAGAGCACGUCAUAGCCCUCAAGGACCCGGACAGGAUGCCGUGGUACGCCAGACAGACCGUCUUCUGGAUAUCUUCCUUCCUCCUCCUCUCUUGGCCGCUGCGCCUCUUGCUCGAGUACAACACAGCCUACCUCCAUUACCAGGUAACAAAGCUGUUUGGAGUGAAUUAUGAGGUAUGCAGUAGCAGAACUACUCCAUGCAUGUCUCAAGGACCGAGCAAUCCAGACUCUACUGAGUUGGAGUGGGGUAUCGUCGAGAACAGCUCCAUCGUACCGUCCUACUCGGAGGCCCUUCUCAUGGACACCAGGCAUCGCCGAGAUAGUGGACACUCCGCCCUUUAUUAUUCUAGCCCUCUGGCUGAAACCUGUCCUUCUGAUCCCUUUCAGGGCGAACCUCCACCUUAUGAGGAAGCGUUGAGGUUUCCAGCACUGAAUAGACUUCGACGUUCCCUCACUGACAGGGGAGACUUGAUGGGCAGGCGGAGAUCGUCCGAUCAUCACUUCAUCAGAGCUCCUGGGCGACCAAGAACACUCAUCACGAUGGAAACUAGCCUUUAAUCACUGUGUCCUCCUUGUUUUCUACUUUGGCAUACCAUUUUUUAAUAUAUAUAAAUAUAAAUUUAAAUGUUAACCAAAAAUUGGGACAUUCGAUACAGACUGACAUCAAAUUAUUAAAUAUUAUUUCUCAAAUGAAUUACUCGGCUGAGUUCAUAAAUUGGUCCUGAAGACAACUUGAAAAAUAUAUUAUUUAUAUAUUUUAUGAUACUUAUGGUUAAACCUAUUUAAUAUUGAUGCUAUUCAUGCUCAAGAUAAAACUUAAAUUGUGUUAUUGCCUGAUAUAAAUAAUUCAAUUGAUAGCUUAAUACAAUUUGCAUUGCAAAUUUUGAUCUCUUUCUAAGGCGUAAGUUAAUUCUUCAUUUAUUAUAUUGAAAAGAAAAAAAAGCAACUGUAAAUUUGUAAAAACUAACUAUAUUGUAAUUAUGCAAGUUUUUUUUUUAUAUUUAAUGGGUAAUGAGUGAAGAGUUAAUUUAAAUGAAUAUUUACUUAAUUUAAUGUCUUCACAAAGCAUUUUCAAAGAAAAAUACACCCUUCCAAGUUAAUCAAUUCAUUUAAAUGGACGAUGUUUCAAUCCUGUUGGUUCAUCACAUCUCAUCCUUAUCAUUAAUGAGUUUAAUGAUUGUCCAAAUUUUAAGAAAAAGUUUUUCGUCACAAUCUAUGUUUGGAAAAUGUAUUUGUAUUAAUUAAAAUGCUAGUCAGUGUGCAAUUAUAUCUGUUACAUUAUACACUGCAGAGCAGUGUAUCAAUCUGUAUUGCUUGGACUGGACUUCACUACUUAGGGAUAUACAAUAUAUGACCAAUUAAAAAUUACCAAACAUAAAAAUUGAGAGUGAAUCUGUAACAGAUAAAAUUUUUUGUUAAGUACCUCUCAUAAAUAUUACCAUCCAUUUUGUUAGAAUCCAUAUUUUGGAGCAGCCAUGCCACCAAAAAGAGUUAUACAUCUUUAAUAAUAAGUUAGGUGUUGUCUUGUUUUUAUAAGUGAAUUAAAAUUGAUUUAUCGAUUACUAAAAAUGUUCAUGCUUUAAUUAUUUUUUAUGAACAUACAGAUUACCAACAUGAAAUUUAUAAAAGAUGUGUAUAAAUAUUUUUAAUAAAUGCUGGGAUAAAAGCAGAAAUAAGAAAAUAAAAAAGAUCGAUGGUUACAAAUUAAAUUUUCUUGCUGAUUGUCUAAGAAGAGAAUCUGAUGGAAAUUAUUUCUAAAUAACUGAUAAUGAGAGUAAAACAUCAGAAAAAGAUGUUGAAUUUAUCUUUUCAACAUUUCUUUUUAAAUAAAAUUCUUUCAUGAAUUUAAUUUUUAAAUAAAAAAACAUCAGUAUUGGAAAAGUGCGUAUGCCCCUUUUUUGAAUCACCAAUUUGGAAAACUAAUUUGAUAGGAAUGUAUAUAGUUAAGUAUAUGAUCCAAUGUAAUUUAUUUAAAGGUACUGAUUUCCUGUAUAUAUUAAAAGAUAUUCGUUAGUCAUGUAAGUGUAGCAACUGUGCUAAAUUAUGUAACUUGAUUAAGCUGUCAAUUAAAAUGCACAAAUUUCUGAAAGAUGCACUCACUAUUCACAUUUAAUGAUUUACACCACUAGCACUAGUAAUCAUAAAAAAAUUAAAUAAUAAAAAAAAAUCUGAUGAAAACUGUUUUAUUUAUUGAAUACUUUGAAGAAAAUUUUAUGUGACUCCCAAAGCUACAAUAUUAGAAAAAAAAAUGUAUACAUAUGUGAUGAAGCUUAAUAUUGUCAGAAAUAAAUGUUAAACAAACAUUGUAAUAACAGAUAUAUCAUUUAUUUUUUAUUUUGUUUAGUUUAUCUAAAAUCAGUUUUAACUAAAACUUGGUUCUUCAGUAGUGUAUUUUUUAUGCAUAGACAUAAUUAGUACAAAAUACACAAAAAGGUAUAAAAAAAUAUUUAUUGAGAAUGAUGAAAUUGCUAUGUGUUGGACCUAUAAAAUAUUUAUAAAAGGUACCUUUUAUCUUCUACUUAUAAACAAAAAAAAAGGUUUAAUAAAAUGUGAGACUAUUAGUUACAAAACUACCUCAAUCCACUUUCAAAAAUUUUAUAGAGACUUGAUAUAAUCAUUAUGCCCUAUUUCAGGGCAUAGAGCCCUUCGCUAUGUCCCACAGGACAUGACUUGUGAUGAAACAAAAGAGACUUUCUCUAUAAAUGACUCAGUUACGAACGAGCAUUUUAAGAGAAACAACUCAUGUAAUAAAUGAUGUGAUAACCUCUAGUUGGUCU